AUGUCUCAACCCAACGGCCAUCUAGUUGCAGAUGAUCCGAACUGGUGGAAACAAGCUGUAGUCUACCAGAUCUAUCCUCGAUCCUUCGCUGAUGCCAAUGGAGAUGGUGUUGGAGACUUGAAAGGUAUUACCAGUCGAGUGCCCUACCUGAAGGAUCUCGGGGUAGAUGCUAUCUGGCUGAGCCCUUUCUAUCCUUCUCCGUUGAAAGAUGGUGGAUACGACGUGUCGGAAUACCGGGAUGUUGAUCCUCGCAUCGGAACCUUGGAAGACUUCGAAGAGAUGACUUCUGUUUGCAAGGAUGCGAACAUCAAAGUCAUCAUCGACAUAGUCCCCAACCACUGUAGUGAUGAACAUCCGUGGUUCCAGGCUGCUCUCAACUCUGCGCUAGGCUCCAAAGAACGAGCAAGGUUCCACUUUCAUGAUGGCCUCGGUCCUGACAAGACUCAACCACCAGCGGACUGGAUGGCCACUUUUGGUGGACCCAUGUGGACACCUACCGGCAAGAAUGACGGUCAAUUCUACCUUCACAUGUAUGAUGCUGCUCAACCAGAUCUGAAUUGGUCUAAUCCUGAAGUCCGAGACGAUUUCCUGAAGACGUUCCGUUUCUGGGGUGAUAGAGGAGUAUCAGGUUUCAGAAUCGAUGUCGCAACUGGAAAUAUGAAGGAUCUCAGCGAUCUGACUAUCCCAUGGGACGAGCUCAAGCAACGAAGAGCAAACAAGAGCAAACCCGGGAACGAACACAUCGAUCAUCCCAUUUUUGAUCGUGAUGAGAAUUUCGAGCUGUACAAAACUUGGAGACAGGUCUUCAAUGAGUACAACCCUCCUUUAACUGCUGUUGCGGAAGCGUUCGUGUCACCUUCCAGAAAACGUCACUAUGCUUCACCAGAAGGCCUAGGACAAGUCUUCUCUUUUGACAUCCUUCUCUCCAACUUCAACAUCAAAAACUACAAACAGAGUAUCGAACGUCAAAUCAGAGAAGCCAAAGAAGAUGGUUCCAGUACCACCUGGGUAUUUUCGAAUCAUGAUAUGAUCCGACAUCAUACACGUUAUGGUCUACCUGAUAUCGAUCCUAGCAACCUAUUCACCUUCAGAAAAGGGUUCCUCAAGUUCCUCGAAACCGAUGGGAAGGAUCCUGCAGUCGAUUGGCCAACUGGUCUGAGAAGGGGACGGGCCGCUACACUCAUGAUUCUCGCUCUUCCAGGUUCCACAUACAUCUACCAAGGAGAGGAACUUGGUUUGCCCGAAGCAGCAGCCAUCCCCGAGGAUCAAUUGCAAGAUCCCUACUACUUCCGUCACGGUCGAUCAGACAAAGGUCGAGAUGGGUGUCGAGUUCCGUUACCAUGGACCAAGGCAGGUAUCAACUUUGGAUUUGGAUCUGGCAAACCCGCCCACCUGCCGCAACCAGAGGAGUUCGGGGAGUUCUCAGUGGAAGCUGAAUUACCUGAUCCAAAGUCCACUCUGAAUAUGUAUCGUAAAGCACUCGUGAUACGACGUGAUCUUCAGACUAAGGAGGAGAUGUCUUGGUAUGACCAUGGAUUAGGUGAUCAACUUUUAGCCUUUGAGAGACCAAAUGGCUGGAUCACUAUGAUCAAUGGAGGAAAGACAAGCGUUCCUUUGCCGCAAGGAAAAGUGUUGAUAGCUUCAGGAGAUUUGAGCGAGGGCACAUUGCCAGGUGAGACCACUGUGUGGAUUAAGAGGGCGUAA